UCUGCUUCUGCUGCUGCUGCUGCUGCGGCUAUCGGUCUGUCCCGUCUGAGGCCCGAUGGUGGUGGUGGUGCAGGCUGGAGGCACGCGACGACGAGGAUGGGGAGGCGAGCUUGUUUGACCCGUCUGUGAGAGUCGGGGGGUCGGUUGUUGUUGUUGUUGUGGUGGGGGUGUGGGUGGUGGUGUCACCAUGGACGAACAGAGGCGGGCAAAUGCUCGGCAGAGGGUGGAGAAAAGGCGGGGGAAUGGAUUGCCGAGGGCGCAGGAUGCAGGCGCCGGGCCGCGCAGGUGAUCGCGAGCGAGCGAGGGUAAUUGCCGAUGCCUGGGAGCCGGCGGUGGUGAUGAAAAGGGUUGUCAUGUGAGCGAGCAGAAGGGCAGAAUGAGGGAGAAUACAAGAAGCAUGGCUGCUGCUGCUGCUGCUGCCGCUGCCGCUGCUGCUUCUGCGGCUGCCACCGUUAAGCAUGAAGAACAACAGGCUGAGACUAGUUACCUUGAUUUUAUCUCCCUUCCAAUUAUUCGUCUGGACGAGUUCGACCAGGAUGAGCUUCGACUCUUGGCUCAGUUCUCCGGGCACUUUCCGGAGGCCAGUUUUCAAAAUCUAGUGAUUCCCAAGAUAGAUAGGCGAAUUUUUAAUGAGAGUGCCGGGAGUCGCAGGCAGACUUACGGCAAGUGUUUCGCCAGUAGGCAUUGGAAUUCGGUGCCCGAUAAUGCGGAUGAUACCGGGAAUGAGGAGGAAUACGAACCUGCUCGGAGCAGGGGACGUCUUCGCAAAAAGCAGCAGCGCAAGGUGAAUGUAGCUGAAAAGACCCGGAGCGCGAAGGCUGUGGCGAGGGUCAUUGUGGAGAGGAAAGGAAGGCUUCGCUUAAUGGACUCAGCCCACCAAGGCUUCAGGGGCAGGCCCCGAGUCAGUAACGAAGCACGCGGCCAAAGCAGUGGAGGCCGGAAAGUAUCUUGGAUUCGCAGAAAUAGACCUUCUUCGGCUGCGUCAGAUAGUAGUGAUGACUCCCUAUGGACCGAUUCGGGAGGGAAAGGUACCAGGGCCACUGGUAGCGCAAAGAGGGGUAGACCAAAGAAGCUAGUCCCGAACGAAGUGUCUAAUGAAGACCUUAAGCCGAAUGGAUCAAUCGAUAAUUCUAGGAAGAAACAGAAGCAAGAAAUUGAUAAUCUAGUAGAAGAGGAAUACGAAGAAGAGUUGGGUAGAAGGACAAGAAAGAGAAGAGCCAACACGAAUUAUGCUGUCGGCUCUGGGGUCGUGGAGGGUAGAGGUACUAAACGACGAGGUGAAAGAGGUGCUGUCAUCGGCCGGCAUGGCGAAAUUGACCAAAAGGACGACGGUGGUAGAAUGUAUUUUGGAGAGGAAGAGUUGAUGGACACUCUCACGAAGAUGAAAGGGAAGUGGUCAUCGAGCCAGAUGAAACGGAAGAUAGUCGAUGCUACCGGCUUUCCCAAAGGUUGGACAGUGUUGGUGGGAUUACGGCAUACCAAGGAUGGGCGAGCUUAUUUUGACUAUCGAGAUUGGAGAAGUCCGGAAGGUAGAAUAUGGACUUCUUACAGAGAAGCGGCUGCGUAUCUGAUAUCCACAGUUGGGAAAGAUCCUUGUUUCAAAGGGUUGCCACAUCCAUCGCCUCUCCAAGAAGAUGCUUGUGGACCGAAGACCCUGACCGCGGAUGGAGAAACGAGUCACGAUGCCGUGUGUUCUGAUCGUGAUCAGCCUUUCACCAACGGCACCUCCCUGGUAGCACUCAUGGAAUCUCAGGACGGUCAACCGUACGUGCCUCAGCUAUUCUUUGAGGCGCAGACGGCAGGAGACCUGCAAUUUUUGGAGCGCAGUCUCGAGCAAGACUUGCAAACCUUGGAGCGCCGAGUUUGUGAUGCUAGCAUUGGCAACUCUCAUACCCCAGGAGAUCAUGUAGAUAAGUUUCUCAGAGUCGCCUGCAAAGCAGAUGAAAUGGCAAUCAGCACACAGGCAUUUGGAGGGCAGGUAACGAUCAAGACGGAUCCUUCAACAUGUGGGGCAGAUGGGGAAGGUAGUAGACAGCUUUCGGACUCUGCCGCGAACCUGAAACCCGAAGCUCCGAUUGACAGUAGCGUGCAUUGCAGUAAGACGAAGCCGAUUGAAUGCCAGUCAGCUGAAGAGGUGGAUGGCAGUCAAAGGCUGAGGGAGUCCCCUGAGGAAUCCUUAGAGAAAGAACCUGCUGGCGGAGGCCAAUCUGAUCAUCUGAAUAUUAUUGGUGCAGAUUGCCCCCGCCAUCAGCCUCUCGACCCUGAGAAAGGGCCCAUCUGUCAUCUGUGUGGCAUAACUUUCCCAACCCAGAUAAAACUGCGCAGGCACUUGAGAAGAUCGAAGCAUCUGAAAUAUUUGAGGUGUGAGGUUUGCGGAAAGAAAUUCAGUUCCAUAUCGUUGCUGCUGAACCAUCGUCUGAAAAUGGGUCAUACCUACGUGGCUAGAGAAACCCUCGACCUCACUCGUGUACCAGCUCAGACGUCAAAUCCAGUGGGAGUAGAACGCCCGGCUGAGAUGUCUAACAUUGUCCUAGGUCUACUAUCUGACGUCCAUAGGAGCGUUGAAGCAUGGGAUUCAGACCAACCGUCCAUACUGAAGGAGACAUCUAACUCGUCCACCCAAUCAGUGAGAUCAGCUGGUAUCAGCGUGCCCAACAUGUUGGAGAGAGUCAAGGGAGAAUUAGAAGACGUGGCUCCAGGGAAGAUUUCAGGUGUCUUUGAGUGCAAGACUUGUCAUAAGAUUUUCCAUCAUCAAUCUAAGUUUUGGGGCCAUUUGAGCUCGCACUCGAAUAAGAAGGGAGAGAUGGUACAUACGGCCCCGAGGAGUUUAAAGUGUCCCAGGAGCCUACCUGUUCCAGAUGGUGUGUAUGAGUGCGACGUCUGUCAUAAGAUUUUCCAUCAUCAGUCCAAGUAUUGGGGCCAUUUGAGCAUCCAUUCCAAUAAGAGAAAGAAAGGUCCAACAUCCAGUUCCCUACACGACCUUGAGUCUGAUAUGCUUAAUAGCAGGAUGGUGGAGGAGCCGAAGCCCAGUGUAAGGGAGCUAGUUAGUGGCAGUAACGGAGUUGAAGUCAAUCACACUGCAUGUGCCAAGCAGCAUGUUACAAAAAGUGUGUUUUGGAAGUUGCUGGACGACUCUUUACCACCAGAAGGUGCCAAUCAUGAAUCAGUGCCAUGUCGGGAAGAAGCAACCACCAGACCUCUUGCCCCGUGUACAAAAGAAGAGGCAGGAGACCGAGAGGCCAACACGGGCUUCCAGAGCCCUUUGGAGGUGAACUUCGGUCCUACUGGUUUUACUGAUGUGCCACAAGCCAAAUCGUCACCUCCUGUGCUUUCCUUACAUUCAGGCUCUCUAUUCAAUCAUGGUCUAUUAGAACAAAAGAUAGGGGAAGGUCAGAGGAUUAUCAAUGAUAUCAAUGAAGUAUCUGUGGGGAUAGAAACCAUUUGGAAACAGCUUAGUGAAAAAACACCGUCGAUGGACGUAGGGAAUGAAGCAUGUCCCGUGUGCCGCAAAGAUGAUGACCAACCCAGACACCUUAUAUGCGAUUGGUGUGAAAAGGAGUUUCAUCAAGGUUGUCUAAGUCCAGUUUUGCAUGAAGUCCCUGUGGAUUGGAUAUGUCCCUUUUGUCGAACUAGGGGUGCGCAGACUCUAUAGGAUAUCAACCGUGUUGGCCAUCAUCUUGUCGAUCUAAGGUGAGGAAGGGAAAUAUUUAUAUGCAGUAAUUACCCAACCAAAUACUGAUUUGGGUAAUACCAAAAGGAUAGCAAGGUUUUGCAGGUUUCGUUGAAUACUUCGUCUAGAGACCUCUCACAAAAUGCUGAGGAUACUAUGACGAACUGAUAGGAUUUUUGUUUCAUAUAUUCACCUCAUUGGUGAUUUUUUGUAUAUAGAUAGUUUGACUCCGUAGGUACAAAAAUGACUCACUUCGUCGUGAAGUGCUGAUAAUUUAUUGUAGGUCACGUUAGUGGUUGAAGCAGAAGGAUGGAAAGGGAAGAGGGAAGGCUAAUGUCUUGUCGGAAGAGAGAUGUAGGGGAGGACAAUAGAAAUGUAGAUUCAUGAGAAAAGUUUCUCAUCUUAGACUCACUGUCCAAUUUAUGGAAGUUGUCCUAAUUUUCAUAUUUGUUUCUCGCUUAUGAAUGUCCCAAUUAGUAUUAAAUACAGCCUGUGGUCAUCCUACCUAUCAUUAUUAAAAAAAAAAUCAAAUUAGAUUUAGAAUUGGUGUGUGUUCGGUUGUGUGCACUGAUGGAACGCAGAUUGUACAUUGAGCCAGUUUUGAGUGGACAAGCUAGGAGUGUAUCCGGGUAAGCCGACGUCUAAUUCCAAUCAGAGGUAUGUUCUACCAGGGCUACUUGAGACAGAAUUUCGACUUGGACUGCAAACUAGGAGUGUAUCCGGGUAAGCCGACGUCUAAUUCCAAUCAGAGGUAUGUUCUACCAGGGCUACUUGAGAGAGAAUUUCGACUUGGACUGCAAACCUGUCACAUGUAUAGCGCUUCUUCAAUGACGAAAAAUCUAAAUAUACCUGCCGAAUACUUAAUUUAUUGAUUUGUAUUAUACUUUUUUUUAAACUAGGUAUACGACAUUCCAUAUUCUCUUCCUAUUCUUAAUUACGUUUCUUUACUGACGAUAAGAGUGUGAAGGAGGAACUAUCAGUGGAAACCUGGAUGUAGUUCCUCAAGGGGAAUCUUAGAAUGACUUCAGGUUGUCUGUGUACUUAACGAAGGAGGAGGUGUGAUCAUUAAUUCAUGCAAGAAACGAGGUUAAAGGGAGUCAUGUUUCCACUUGAUUUGAUGAUUUGGAGACGGCGUUUGAUGUUUGUAUAAAGGGGGCUGAUCCCUACACCCUGCUGAUUUGCUUUUCCCUCCCUCCCACCCCCUUAUCUCAGCCCCUCCCUUUUAUUCUCACCACCUCCGUCUUUCUAAUUCCCCCGAUUCCUUGUACCGCCACGCCAUGAUCCCCCUCCCGAGGCUACUUACGACUAUGUCCAUGCCUUGAAGGCUGCGUGCGUACAGCAUGCUGCCACUCAUCUCUAUAGCGUCACCACCAAUCUUUUCCCACCCUUCCCAUCGUAGAAGCUGGGCCAGGGCGAGGCGUCAGGGAGGCAGGUAGCCGCAGGGGAAACGUAGAAAGGUGUCGGGAAAGGGGGAGGGUGGGAAAAGCAAAUCAGCAGGAUGGAAGGAUCAACCCCCUUGUAUAAAUUAGCAUUAUUGCCUGAUUAGGUAGCAACUAACUAGCAAAUAUCUAUUAGGAUCAAGCUAACUUUCAAUUUAUGGUAUCUCGAUCUUGAAGAAUAUCCUGGUAUAGCGUCUGGGUGACGAGGUAAGUUAUGACUUCUACCUUAAUCUUUGCUUUUGCCAAAUUCUAUCUGAAUGAUUUUGAUGAAUUGCAAAUUAGUUAGAGUUUUUCCAAUUUGUGGUUUGUCAUAAUUUAUGACGAGAGAUUACUCCUACCAACAGUCCCAUCAUAAUCUUGUAUUUGAGAAGGGGAUUAUUAAAUCCAACCCCGAGUUGUUAAAUUCACCCUGCGUCGCGGCAGUUGUCAUGGCAACAAGGAAAUAGAGGAACAUUUUUGUUGGCGAUACGGUUGUCGUGAUGAACUGGGUGGGUACCUUGCGGGUUUCGCGGCAGUUGUCAUGGCAACAAGGAGGAGACAGAGGAACGUUUUUGUUCGCGAUACGGUUGUGGGGAUGGACUGGAUGGAUACCUUGCGGGUUUCCUUUUAGUGCGUGCGACUGUUGUCCAGAACCGCAUUGGGAACAAGGCAGUAGCGUACACGACCGGUUUUAUUGGCACCAUGAGCAGUUAGGACUUUGCUGGCAAGGAUGCCCAGAUAAGAACCAGAAGCUGAAAGCGCCUCAAGAUCUUUAGGAAAACCUUUAAAUGCAUAGUAGGUGGUGUUUUUAAAGUAUUAAUCUCUCUAGUGGGAGGUAGAAGAGAAGGGCUUGGAAUAUGAUCUUCUGGUUUAGCCGGUCCAGUGCGUGUUCAAGUUCCGCAGCAGCGGCAGCAGAUUCCGGUGUUUCCUCCAUAUGCAUAUCAAGGAUCACCACUGACAGCAGCUUCAUAGGAGGGAAAAAAAACGAGAAAGAGAGGCCGGAACCUAUACUAGACACGACGAGAAGGAAUUUUACAUUUUGACAUGUCUUGUAUCCAUGACAACUGCCUUGUAUCCAACAACUGCCGCGAAGGGAUGAAAUUUAACAACUUGGGGUGAAUUUAACAAUACCCUUUGACAAUUACAUGUUGAUUGAUUGCUGAGUGAUUUAUAGGGUUUGAAGAGUCAGGG